GCAGUUAAAAAAAGGAUUCUAUAACUCUUUUCAGCUGAUCAAUCGUUUAUUUUAAAUUAAAACUUUAUAUGCUUGUAAUGCAACUACGUUUAUAUUGACUUUACAUCAAGAAAGAUAAUUAGAAAGAGAUAAUUAGACAUUAGAAAAUCUAUUUAAUAGAAAUUGGACACGUAUUUGAUAUACAAGAUUUACGUCGGUUACAUACAUGGUUAGAUUUUGAGCAAAAAAUGGAAGUGAUGAAUCAACCGUAAAAAAAAUGUAUGUUUUUAAACCAUUUGUUAUUGUAAGACAUCGUUCACGAUGCCUAGAACGACCAAAGGCAAGAAGUGGACACAGAAUAGUGUGCGAUCAUAAAAACCUCUAUUCAUAUGGUGGAUUUAACCCUUGCAUUACUGAUUAUGAUCGUGAUAUGAGAAAUGAUGGCAUAUGGCUUGCCAGUAAACCACUUUUUAAAGAAAUUUGGAAAUUUAAUUUAGCCACAAAUCAAUGGAAACGUUUACCUGGCCGAGAAAAUCUACCAGAUGAAUUAGCAUCUAAUGCGGUUGUUUUGAAAGGAAAUGCAUUAAUAGUUUAUGGUGGAACAGGUGUACCCUUUGGUGAUGUCUGUAAUGGUCAGCUUUAUGUGUGUAAUGUUGAUAAUGGGAAAACAACAAGAGUGAUAGCAAAAGGUGACAUGCCAAAACCACAAUAUGGACAAGCUUUGCUAUUUAAUGAACCUUAUCUCUACACUGUUGGCGGUACAACUGGAAGAGAAUAUACUUGUGAUAUUCAUAGAUUUAAUUUUGAAACUGGACUAUGGGAAAAAGUUUACAUUUGCACUGGAAAGGAUUUGUCAGAACCAAUGGGACGGUAUAGACAUGAGCUUGGUUUUGAUGGAAAAAACAUUUAUGUUAUAGGAGGAGGUACUGGCUCUGAGGCAUUUAGUUUAGCAGAAAUACCAACUUUUAAUUUGGAAAAAAGAAAAUGGACAAUUUUAAAUACUCAAGGCGAUAGCGAGGAUAAUACAAUUCCUGCUCCUAGACGUUGUCAUGGUGUAGUCCAAUAUACGGAUGAAAAGACAGGUGUAACUUACGUUGUUGUUUCUGGAGGUACAAAUGGAGCUUUUGUUUUUUCCGAUGUUUGGAGACUAGAUUUGAAAGAAAUGCAAUGGACUUGCCUAAGAAAAUGUAAACUCCCACGACCAUUAUUCUUUCAUUCUGCUGCCUUAACUCCUCAGGGUCGUAUGUAUACUUUUGGUGGUGUAAGCAUGCAACGUGAUAAAGCAGCAAGAACAGAUGCUAUCUAUGCAGUUUGGUUAACAAUACCUAAAUUAUCUGAAAUAUGUUGGCUAGCAUUAAAUUAUUACAUUUCGGAUUUGAGAAAACGAUCACCGGAUAAAUUGCUUAAUCUUGGUAUACCAUUAAAAUUUGUACGAAGACUUGAUCCCUGCGUAUAAUAUACUAUACACUAAAACAUUUUAAAAAUAUGCUAUAUAUUUUAGAACAUUGAUUAUUAUUGGUAACUUACUACAUUAAUAUUAAAAUUGUCUUUUAAUAUAAUCAGAUUUUGUUUACAGCAUUUUUUUAAACAGUCAUUUAGAUAAUCGGUUUUCAGAUAAUCAAUGCUUUAUUGUACUUAUAUCGCUAAUUAUAAUUGUUUCAAACUAUAUUUUAAAAGUUAACAAUGUUAUUCUAAAGACAUAUGCUUUUAUAUACAAAGUUAUACAGUAUUUUACAAAUUAUAGAUCAUGAAAUAGUAUAUUUUAAAAAUUAAAACUAGAAAUUAUGAAAUAAAGGUAUAAGAGAUUGUAAUUAAAAUUCUUUAGAUCUAUUGCAUUCACUUUGUUAGUUGAAGGUUGAAGAUAAUGAAAUAGUUAAAUGAGUUUAAUAGUUAUUUAAAUAAUAUAGUAAUAAAAUUCUCUCUCUCAAAAAGUUCAAACAUAAAUUAUUAUAAUAUCAGCAAAUAAAAUUCAAUGGAAACUAGGUUAAUCUAUUGUGAAAAUUUUACACUAAAA